UGCCCCUCAGAGGGGAGAUGCCAGUCUUGCUUAAUGCUGACGCCUCCUUUAGCUCCAAGCAGGAGCUCCUGGACUUGCAGGACUGCCCUCUUGGUGGAGGUCCCUCUCUGGACACCCCCAGCCCCGUGGACUCCCAGACAGGCAGCCCAAUAGGCUCAGGCCCAGGAAGUCCUGGGAGCCCUGGCGCUGAUGGCCCUAUUCUGUCCCACAUUUUCACUGGGGCUUCCACACUACCAGGGCAGCUAUGUGGGGUGGAAACCAGACCACAUGCAGAGACUCCCAUGAAGUUAAAACUGAUUUCCGCUGACUCGGGUCAGUUAUGUGGCUGGGGGGCUCUGACCCCCAAAGCUAUCCAAGUUUUCAACACCCCUCGUUGGGUCCUGUUCUUCCUUUGCGUGGCCUCUUUCCUCCAGGGGAUGAUAAUCAACGGCUUCAUUAACACAGUGGUCACCUCCAUUGAGAGGCGUUUCGACCUGCGCAGCUACCAGGCUGGCCUUAUCGCCAGCUCCUACGACAUCGCUGCCUGCGUCUGCCUGGCUUUUGUCAGCUACUUCGGCGGGACAGGACACAAGCCUCGCUGGCUGGGAUGGGGGGUGCUGAUCAUGGCCCUUGGUUCUCUGGUGUUUGCCAUGCCUCACUUUACCACACCCCCCUACCAGGUCAGUCUGCCUGAGCGAACAGGAAUGUGCUCUGCCAACCGUACCAGCCCGUGCCAGGACAAGGAGGGUGGAGGAUUGUCCAGCUAUCGUUUUGUGUUCAUGCUGGGCCAGUUUCUACAUGGUGUGGGUGCUACGCCUCUCUACACAUUAGGAGUCACAUACCUCGAUGAGAACGUCAAAUCCAACUAUGCCCCAGUUUAUAUUGGGAUCUUCUACACAGCGGCCAUUGUGGGUCCUGCAGCAGGCUACCUGCUGGGAGGAUACUUCCUCAAGAUUUACACCGAGAUCCACCUGACCACAGAGUUGACUCCAGAGAACCCUCUGUGGGUCGGGGCUUGGUGGAUCGGCUUCCUGGCAGGAGGAGCAGCAGCUCUACUAAUAGCAUUCCCCAUCCUGGGCUACCCACGACAGCUCCCGGGCUCUCAGGAGUAUGUGGCCAUGCGGGUGUCUGAGGCCCACCAGCUUAAGGACGGAAGCCAUAACACAGCCUCAGACCCUCAGUUUGGCAAAUCGGUCAAAGACAUGCCAAGGUCUGUGCUGCUCCUCUUAAAGAAUCCCACCUUCCUGUUCCUGUGCUUGGCUGGGGCAACUGAGGCCACCCUCAUCGCCGGCAUGUCCACGUUUGGUCCAAAGUUCUUGGAGUCACAGUUCAGUCUCAGUGCAUCAGAGGCUGCCACAUGGUUUGGGUACAUGGUGGUACCAGCAGGAGGUGGUGGCACCUUCCUGGGCGGCUACAUCGUGAAGAGACUGAACCUGCGCUGUCGAGGUAUCAUCCGUUUCUGCAUGAUGUGUGCGAUGGUCAGUCUGCUCGCCAUCUUCAUCUUUCUCAUUCACUGCCCCAACGUCCCCAUGGCUGGUGUCACAGCACCAUACCAGUCUGGUCUGAUGGAGAAACAGCAAAUGGACCAGUACAAACACCUGUAUAACAAGCCCAGCAAGCUGCGCCUUAGAAACAGCUCUUCUUUAGAGAAGGACCUGACAGUGGGCUGUAAUGAAGGCUGUAAUUGUGUCAGAGAGCUCUACAACCCUGUGUGUGGGGCAGACGGUGUGAUGUAUUACUCCCCAUGCCAUGCUGGCUGCAGCUCCAUUAACCACACCGACCACACCACAGGCAAACAGGUGUACUCUGGAUGUAGCUGUGUAGUGGUUAAUGUCUCCCGGGGUGAGGAGGGCUUCGCUCUGGCAGGGAAGUGUGGUAACGCCUGCAACCACAUGCCAGCAUUCCUCUUCUUCCUCUUCAUCAUCAUCUCCUUCACCUUUCUAUGUAGCAUCCCAGCACUUACCGCCACACUCAGAUGUGUGCCAGACAGCCAGAGAUCCUUUGGACUCGGCAUCCAGUGGAUUGUGGUGCGAACAUUUGGUGGUAUCCCAGGACCCAUAGCAUUUGGCUCUGUGAUUGACAUAUCCUGCUUACUGUGGCAGGAUCAGUGUGGUGAGCAGGGCUCCUGCUACCUAUAUCAUAACUCAGCCAUGAGCCAAUACACACUUGUAGCUGGCAUCAUCUAUAAGGUUUUGGGGACAAUCUUUUUCCUGUUAGCCAGCAUCCUGUACCAGCCUCCUCCUGAGUCACCUCAAAGCAGCUGUGAGAGCACCGACCAUGGAGUAGGAGACAUGAGCGAUCUGCCUAUCAAAGACCUGCCUGAAGAUGGUGUUAUAGUCAACCUACAUGCCAGGUUAUGACAUCAGAGACCUCCCGAUCGCUGAGUCUCUGUCUCACUGUGUGUGUGUGUGUGUGUGUGUGUGUGUGUGUGUGUGUGCACGCGCGCGUGUGUCUAUAGGUGCGGCUUAAUGCAGAGUGUGUGAGCGUGUGUUUGGGUGGUGAUGGGGGGCUGCCUCUCUAUGGCAACAGCCUUCUCUCAGCCAUAAUGACACCACCCCCAACAUACACAUGCGUGCAUGCAAACACGUGCACACAAAUGGAAAAAAUUAAAAAAGACACACAAACUCAAACAGCUGCCUUCAUGCACAUCUCCACACACACAAACACAGACAACUUUCUGUAGUACCUGAUGACUUCUAACAUGCUGCUUUGACUGCAUGUGUGUAUCUAAUUGUAUGAUUGACAGGACGGUGCCUCGCAAGUUUUUAUGUACCAGGAGGCAUUUGUACUCAUAAGUAUGUUAAAUCAGUUCAAAUUACUUUAAGUCUUUAAGGAUUUAAGUCUGAUGAUAUUUCUGUUUCAUAAUCAUUGUCCUUUAAUGAAACUUCUGAGACCUCCAGUAUGUGGUGUAUAUUAUAUGCCAUAUGUAUGAAGCAUUUAUGAUGUGGAAAAGGCAUUAUAUAUCCAUCCUCUUCUUGUUCUUUACCCAUUUCUGGAAGAUUACACUGUUUUUCUUCUACACCGAUAAGGCCAUGGUCUUAUAUACUGUAUAAGAUCUCAAGGCCAGUCACAAUGAAGCCAAAUCACUUUUUGUGUCGUAUUUUAAGCCAAGAGUAUCUAAAGGCACUUAUAUUAAUAUAAGAGGAACAUUGACUAUUGGUCACAAUAGAGCAGCACAAUAUAUUUUCACGCAUGUGUAUUUUUUAUAGCUACUUCGACACAUGUACAUGAGAUUUAUGAUCAGUCAUUGGCUUUUAUUUAAAAGUAGUAAUACAGAGAAAAAGAAAACACACACAAACACACACACACACACACACACAUAUACAUAUAUAUAUAUAUAUAGAUGCUCCUCUUUGAUAGAAAUUGCAUAGCUGCACUUUAAAAAAACAACAAAAGCACUGGGAAGCUUGGAAAAUAUGUGCUAUAUGUGACACAAUAAAGGCCUCAUCACACCAGCAUUUAAAAUGGCAAAUCUUUGCUACUGAAUCAAUUAUUGGACUAUGUAAUCGCUGCAAUCAGUUUGUUCAGUUUGUGAUGUAAAUCUGUGCACAUUUUUCACGUGAUUUUGCUGCAUGGCCAAUUCGAGCUGUCUCUAUAGUGCUGACCUGAUAGAAAGGAGAAAAUCCAAAAUGGUGUAAGCUAUAGUAGCUGUGUGGCACCAUCAAGUUUUAUAGAGACACAAUGUGAAACCAAAACUUUCAGCUCAUGUUCUAGAAAUAAGACAGUCUCAUUCAAAAUCCCAAUUACAAACAACAAACAAUUAACAUAAUUAACAAAAAACGUCAUGUGGUUUACUUAUGUUUAUACAAAGAGUGUAAGCUACUUUAAUAAACAAACUAAUGUUGCUGUU